CGCCAGAAGUUGGUUUCACAAUCGCCAUAAAAUAUUAGAAGAAGAAGAAGAAGAAGAAAGAAACUGAAGCUAAUACCAAAACAGUCACGUUGCUAUUUUCGGAAUCUAUGAAAACCUGACAUUUAUUUUCUUAAGUCGUUUUUCCUAUUCGCCUAGUACUUGAUUUAUAUCAAGCAUUUAUGUUAGUAGUGUUAGCAGAUUUGUGCUAAAAGACGCUGUCGGUCAGUAUGGGUGCGGUUAACCAACAAACCGAAAAGAUUUAGACGUAUAAGUUAACCAUGCUUAUAACUUGAUAGUUGUAAUUGAAGUGAACAACAGUAUGAAGGGCAUUGUCACAUUCAUUGUUUCAUCACUCGUGUGCGGUGUGAUUGGUGCUGAGAAAGAUGACGUGACAUCAGUGUCAGUGUAUGAGGGUGAAUCUGUUGCUCUACACACUGAUACUGAAAUACAGAAAGAUGACAAGAUAUAUUGGAGAUUUAGAGACAAAGACAAAACUAUUCUUCUAGUUCAGAUGAUUGAAUAUAAGGUCACAUAUUUAGGUUUUACUGAUGAGAGAUUUAAAGACAGACUGCAGAUAUCAGACACUUUAACUGGAGAUCUCACCAUCAAGAACAUGAGAAUCAAACACACUGGACUCUAUGAAGCAGAGAUCAACACUAACACUGGAACAUCAUACAAGACAUUUAAUGUUACUGUCACAGAAUCUGCUUCGGAACUUACUACAGGUGAAGUGAAGUCAUAUUCAGUGGUGGAGGGAGAAUCUGUUACUCUAGACACUAAUGGUACUAACAUACAGAGAGAUGCGUUUAUAGUGUGGAGGUUUGGAGAUAAAAGUGUUUUAAUAGCUAAAUGUGAUAAGGAGAACAAUGAGACCUCAUGUAGUAUUGUUGAGAGAUUCAGAGACAGACUGAUGCUGAACAAUCAGACUGGAGACCUCACCAUCACAAACUUCAUAAACUCAAACGCUGGAGUUUAUAAACUGAAGAUCAGCAGCAACAAACAGACCAUUGAGAAGACUUUCAGUGUUUCUGUUAGCGGGAAUACUUCAGGUGUUAUAGCAGGAUUAUGUGUUUUCUUCCUUCUGGUUAUUGCUGCUGUUAUUGCUGCCAGUAUGAUUUUGUAUCGCCGCAAGAUCUCCAAACUAAAAAAACAAAUAGAGAAGUCAGUGUCAGUGUUUGAGGAAGAGUCUGUUACUCUACAAACUGGUGUUACUAAACUACAGUCAGACGCUGUGAUUCAAUGGAUAUUUGGAAAUAAUGAGGUCUUAGCUGAAAUCAAUAGAAAGGACAACAUGUUCUCUACAUAUGAUGGAGCUGAUGAGAGAUUCAAAGACAGAUUGAAGCUGGAUGAUCAGACUGGAGAUCUCACCAUCACAAACAUCAUGAAAGAUCACUCAGGACACUAUAAAGUAAAGAUCACUGGUGGAAUAAUUCCAUGUUCUCAAUUCAGCACAAGCAAAGAAACGUCAUGCUGUCAAUUCAAUGUUGUCGUCUAUGUGAGGAAAGCUGAGGGAAGUUUUGUCACUUUACCCACUGGUAUAAAUAAUAUCCAGGCUGAUGAUGUCAUCGAGUGGAUGCAUGGAGAUAAAGAGGUCAUAGCUGAAGUCAAGAAAAAAGACAACAUGUUCUCUAAAUAUGGUGGUGCUGAUGAGAGAUUCAAAGACAGAUUGGAGCUGAAUCAUCAGACCGGAUCUCUCACCAUCAGUGAUCUUAACCCUAAACACUCUGGACAUUAUACACUGAAGAUCACCAGCAGUAGAGGAACAUCAAGCUCUCAGUUCUGUAUCGUCGUCAUUGAGAAGAUCAGACUGGUGGGAUUGGGACGUUCGGUCACUCUAGACACUGGUGUUACCAAAAUACAGAAAGAUGAUGAGAUACAAUGGAGAUUUGGACCUGAAGACACUGUUAUAGCGCAAAUCACUGGAGGAACCGAUAAACCUUCAUAUAACUUUACUGAUGGAAGAUUCACUGGCUUAAUGCAGAUGAACAAGCAGACCGGAUCUCUCACCAUCUCAAACAUCACUGUUAAACACUCCGGAGUUUAUAAACUACAGAUCUGCUGCGGUAAAAAGACUGACUACAAGAAAUACAACGUUUUCAUCUUAGUGCCAGCGAAAGAUGGAGAAUCUGUGACUUUAAAGACUGAAGGUAAAAUACAGAGAGGUGAUCAGGUGGAGUGGAGCUUAAAAGGUGAUCAAUUAAAAUUGAGCAAAACUGAUGAAAUCACUCUGGUAACUGGAGAGAAUGGAGACGACAGCAAGACUUCAUAUACAGAUGACUGGAUGCACAAAGACAGACUGAAGAUGAACGCUCAGACUGGAGAUCUCAACAUCACAGAUGUGAAGAAAUCAGACGCUGGAUUUUAUACACUACAGCUGACAAACACUGAUGGAAAAAUCUCCUACGUCAAAUUCAGUCUUUAUAUAUUCGCCAAGUCUGGUGGAAACAAUCCCACCCUGCAGAUCUCAGGUUAGAUUCUGUACACCUCUCAAUCUUUGA